UAGGAAAAAAAAAACCAGUAGAGGAAAAUCAACCCCCUGGAUCUUAGCCUUGGCCUUUUUCAAGCAAAGAGAAGAAGAGCUGCCAGGCUUUGCAUGUCAAGUAGCCACUCGGCUGUUUGACAGCUUCUGGGUUUCAACCCCGUUGGGAUUCAGGCAGCUCAAGCAACCACGAGCGAUGACUCCUGUCAUCUGCUGACACUGCUCUAGCACCAUGGCAGACAAGCUGUGAUAUGACAAGAGGAUCCAUCCUAGGGAGGCAGUGUUGGGAUCCAUAACUGGCUUCCUGGGAAACUACAGCUGGUGGAGAGGAUGUAAAAAAAAGGCACGCAUGUCCCAGGAUAUGCUACACAACCUUUCUGAGCUGGUGGAUCCACUUGGAGGAGAGUUUUGCCACUGAUCUGGGUUUUUUUCCCGGUUUGGUAAUGUUGGCUUUGGGGGGAAUUUCUGCUGACUCACCCACCCCUGGACACCUUUUGCAGAGCGUGGCCGGCCAGUGAAGAGACCCAACGGCGCCUUACCCUCACUGCGGGUCCCCUCUGGUGGCCCCUGGAACCAUCUUGUGCCCAACGCCAUCCCGUGGGGCAGCUGCAGCCCCCCGCCCCGGGGAGUCUCCCACAGUGACCCCCGCACCCGGGGCGGGGGUGAGCGUGCCUGAGGCUUCCAGCGCGGCCGGCGCGCGGCAAGAUUUUACCCUGUCUGCCGCCGGGGCCCCGGUGCCGCCCCCCGCCAGCCCUGCCGCCCCACUCACCCGCCCCAGGCCACGCAGGAUGGGGGCGGUGCUGGUGCGGCGCGGGGGCUGCCUGCUGCUCUGGCUGGCCCUACUGCUGGGCUGCUGGGCUGAGCUGGGCAGUGGGCUGGAGUUCCCGGGUGCGGAGGGCCAAUGGACCCGCUUCCCCAAAUGGAACGCCUGCUGCGAGAGCGAAAUGAGCUUCAACAUGAAGACACGCAGCUCCAGUGGGCUGGUGCUCUACUUUGAUGACGAGGGUUUCUGUGACUUCCUGGAGCUCAUCCUCACCCAGGGAGGGCGGCUACAGCUCAGCUUCUCCAUCUUCUGUGCCGAGCCUGCCACCCUGCUCUCAGACACGGCUGUCAACGACAACCUCUGGCACGCUGUUGUCAUCCGCCGCCACUUCAAGAACACGACGUUGAUCAUUGACCGAGCUGAGGCCAAGUGGGUGGAGGUGAAGUCCAAACGGCGGGACAUGACUGUCUUCAGUGGGCUCUUCCUAGGGGGACUCCCGCCAGAGCUGCGGUCAGCAACACUAAAGCUGACGCUCUCCUCUGUCAAGGACCGGGAGCCCUUCAAGGGCUGGAUAACAGACGUGCGGGUGAACUACACAGAAGCAUCGCCGGUGGAGAGCCAGGAGGUGCGGCUGGAUGAUGAGCAGAGCCGGCUGUGCGCCAGGGACGACAUCUGCCUCAACGGGGGUGUCUGCUCGGUGCUCAACGACCAGGCCGUGUGUGACUGCUCCCAGACGGGCUUCCGAGGGAAGGACUGCAGUGAAGAAGACAACUAUGUGGAAGGUCUGGCGCACCUGAUGAUGGGCGACCAAGGUAAAAGUAAAGGAAAAGAAGAAUAUAUUGCGACAUUCAAGGGAUCAGAAUACUUCUGCUAUGAUUUAUCUCAGAACCCCAUACAGAGUAGCAGUGAUGAAAUAACUCUGUCAUUUAAAACACUUCAGAGGAACGGACUGAUGCUUCACACAGGAAAAUCAGCUGAUUAUGUCAAUCUUGCACUGAAAAAUGGAGCUGUCUCCUUGGUCAUUAAUUUGGGCUCAGGGGCCUUUGAAGCACUGGUGGAACCUGUGAAUGGGAAAUUUAAUGACAAUGCCUGGCAUGAUGUGAAAGUAACCAGGAAUCUGCGUCAGCACUCAGGCAUUGGACACGCUAUGGUGACAAUAUCAGUGGAUGGAAUUCUGACCACAACGGGAUACACGCAAGAAGACUACACCAUGCUGGGCUCUGAUGACUUUUUCUAUGUUGGAGGCAGUCCUAGCACAGCAGACCUCCCAGGGUCACCAGUCAGUAACAACUUUAUGGGCUGUCUCAAAGAGGUUGUGUAUAAAAAUAACGAUGUCAGGUUGGAACUGUCUCGACUUGCCAAGCAAGGAGAUCCUAAAAUGAAGAUUCAUGGGGUUGUAGCAUUUAAAUGUGAGAAUGUUGCAACCUUAGAUCCAAUCACAUUUGAAACACCAGAGUCUUUCAUCUCUCUGCCAAAGUGGAAUGCCAAGAAAACAGGCUCAAUAUCAUUUGACUUUCGUACAACUGAGCCAAAUGGCCUGAUUCUUUUCAGUCAUGGGAAACCAAGGCACCAAAAAGAUGCCAAACAUCCACAGAUGGUGAAGGUUGAUUUUUUUGCCAUUGAGAUGCUUGAUGGCCACCUCUACCUACUGUUAGACAUGGGAUCAGGUACUAUUAAAAUAAAAGCCUUGCAGAAGAAGGUGAAUGAUGGUGAAUGGUACCAUGUGGAUUUUCAGCGGGAUGGGCGGGUCAGUGCAGCUUCAAAUACUAAUGAGAGACAGAAUUGCCAUGUAGCAGUUCCACAGGACAGCUUUUAUUGUCCUGCGAAGGGUGGCCAGGGAUGGCAUCUCCAUCCUGAGCCAGGGACGAUAUCUGUGAACACAUUACGUACUCCAUACACUGCACCAGGGGAAAGUGAAAUCCUUGACUUGGAUGAUGACUUGUAUCUUGGAGGCUUACCAGAAAAUAAAGCAGGCUUGGUCUUCCCAACAGAAGUGUGGACAGCACUCCUCAAUUAUGGAUACGUUGGCUGCAUUAGAGAUUUAUUUAUUGAUGGUCAAAGCAAAGAUAUUCGACAGAUGGCUGAAAUUCAAAGCACAGCUGGAGUAAAACCCUCAUGCUCAAGAGAAACUGCAAAGCCUUGCCUUAGCAACCCCUGUAAAAACAAUGGUGUGUGCAGGGAUGGGUGGAACAGAUAUGUGUGUGAUUGCUCUGGCACAGGGUACCUUGGCAGAUCAUGUGAAAGAGAGGCAACAAUUUUAAGCUACGAUGGAAGUAUGUUUAUGAAAAUACAGCUUCCUGUUGUGAUGCACACAGAAGCCGAAGAUGUUUCUUUAAGGUUCAGGUCUCAGCGAGCUUAUGGCAUUUUAAUGGCAACAACCUCCAGAGAAUCUGCAGAUACCCUUCGGUUGGAGCUGGAUGCAGGACGAGUUAAGCUAACGGUCAACCUAGACUGUAUCAGGAUUAACUGUAAUUCCAGCAAAGGCCCAGAAACCCUUUUUGCUGGCUAUAACCUCAAUGAUAAUGAGUGGCACACAGUGCGUGUGGUACGGAGAGGAAAAGGUUUAAAGUUAAUGGUGGAUGACCAGCAGGCCCGUGACAGAUUAGCUUUACGCUCAGCAGAUUUCAGGCUUCUUGUUCUGCAGCAGUCCUUGCAUGACAGAGAGAAUUCAAAGGCAUCUGUGGGGCUUGCUUUUGGCUACCUUUCUGAUACACUAACACGUGUUUUCUUAUUGCUGUUUAAAGGUCAAAUGGCUGGCGAUCACACACGACUGGAAUUCCACAACAUAGAAACAGGAAUAAUAACAGAACGGCGCUACCUGUCUUCUGUGCCUUCUAAUUUUAUUGGGCAUCUACAGAGUCUCACGUUUAAUGGCAUGGCAUACAUUGACUUAUGUAAAAAUGGAGACAUCGAUUAUUGUGAGCUAAAUGCAAGAUUUGGGUUCAGGAACAUCAUAGCUGACCCUGUAACCUUUAAAACAAAAGCAAGUUAUGUUGCACUGGCCACGCUACAAGCGUACACAUCUAUGCACCUUUUUUUCCAGUUCAAAACCACCUCCUUGGAUGGACUGAUACUUUUUAACAGUGGCGAUGGAAAUGAUUUCAUUGUGGUUGAAUUAGUAAAAGGGUAUUUGCACUAUGUGUUUGACUUGGGAAAUGGUGCUAACCUUAUCAAGGGAAGUUCUAAUAAACCUCUGAAUGACAACCAGUGGCACAAUGUCAUGAUAUCAAGGGAUACCAACAACCUGCACACUGUAAAGAUUGACACCAAAAUCACAACACAGAGCACAGCAGGAGCCAGAAAUUUAGAUCUCAAAAGUGAUUUGUAUAUUGGAGGAGUGGCCAAAGAAAUGUUUAAAUCCUUGCCCAAACUGGUGCAUGCAAAGGAGGGAUUCCAAGGCUGCCUUGCAUCAGUUGACUUGAAUGGACGGCUCCCUGAUCUCAUCUCAGAUGCUCUCUUCUGCAAUGGGCAAAUAGAAAGAGGAUGUGAAGGCCCCAGCACAACAUGCCAAGAGGACUCCUGUGCAAACCAGGGCGUGUGCUUACAGCAGUGGGAUGGAUUCAGUUGUGACUGCAGUAUGACCUCCUUUAGUGGACCAUUAUGCAAUGACCCGGGGACAACAUAUAUCUUUAGCAAAGGUGGUGGACAAAUCACUUACACGUGGCCUCCCAACGACCGGCCGAGCACUCGAGCGGACAGACUGGCAAUAGGGUUUAGCACUGUGCAAAAAGAGGCUGUGCUGGUGCGAGUGGACAGUUCUACUGGCCUUGGAGAUUAUUUAGAGCUGCAUAUUCACCAGGGAAAAAUUGGAGUUAAAUUUAACGUUGGGACGGAUGACAUCGCCAUCGAAGAGAUGAAUGCCAUCAUUAACGAUGGGAAGUACCACGUGGUUCGCUUCACAAGGAGUGGUGGCAAUGCCACCCUACAGGUGGACAACUGGCCUGUCAUCGAGCGUUACCCAGCAGGAAACAAUGAUAACGAGCGCCUGGCGAUUGCUAGACAGCGAAUUCCAUAUCGACUUGGUCGAGUAGUUGAUGAAUGGCUACUCGACAAAGGGCGUCAGCUCACAAUCUUCAAUAGCCAAGCAACCAUAAAAAUUGGAGGCAAGGAACGUGGCCACCCUUUCCAAGGCCAGCUCUCUGGUCUUUACUACAAUGGCUUGAAAGUUCUGAAUAUGGCAGCAGAAAAUGAUGCCAACAUCGUGAUAGAAGGAAAUGUGAGACUUGUUGGUGAAGUGCCUUCCUCUAUGACAACCGAGUCCACAGCCACCGCAAUGCAGUCGGAGAUGUCCACGUCAGUCAUGGAAACAACCACCACCUUGGCCACAAGCACCGCCAGAAGAGGAAAGGCUCCGACCAAAGAACCCAUUGGUCAGACUACAGAUGACAUCCUGGUGGCCUCGGCUGAAUGUCCUAGCGAUGAUGAGGACAUCGACCCCUGUGAGCCGAGCUCAGCAAACCCUACCAGGGCAGGAGGAGGAAGGGAGUACCCCGGCUCAUCCGAGGUGAUCCGUGAAUCCAGCAGCACGACAGGCAUGGUGGUUGGGAUUGUGGCAGCGGCGGCGCUGUGCAUCCUCAUCCUCCUCUAUGCCAUGUACAAGUACAGGAAUCGAGACGAAGGAUCCUACCACGUGGAUGAGAGUCGAAACUACAUCAGCAACUCAGCACAAUCCAACGGGGCUGUGAUCAAGGAGAAACAGCCCAACAGCGCUAAAAGUUCCAACAAAAACAAGAAAAAUAAGGAUAAGGAGUACUAUGUCUGAUUUCAACAUCUAAAAGAACGCUUGUAUAGAAAUAGUCUUCAUUUUAUCUGAGACAUAAUACAAACUUAUUUACUUUACUUUUUAUGAAGCACAUUCAAAAACAAACAAACAAACAGAAAAGACAGGGAAUGCAAUCAGAAAGGAAAGACUGUUUUUAAAAACAAGCAUUUCAUGCUCUUGUUUUUCAGAAACAGGAGCUGAUAAAUUCCCUAACAUCCACAGUGUUUUCAUUUACUCUGCCUGUCUUUAUGUUGCUGGAACGUUUCUGAAAGACAAUGAUGACACCACGCAUUCAUAAAGCAAGGAGUAUUACUACAACAUCGAGGCACAAUAUGAAAAAAAAUUCAAAUUAAAAAAAAAUAACAAAACAGGAAAAAAAAAAAAAGAAAAAAGAAGCUACCUAUGAUUCUGGAUUUAGCCAAAGUGCUAGCGCUUUCUUGAGAAGUAAGUUAGUCUUAUUGUCAGAGAAGACUGUCAUUAUAUAUGGUGACUCAACAAGCAAACAUAAAGAGUUUGCCGUCUGGUGCAGUGAAGCAGUGAUUGGAAACUUGCAUUUUGAAACAAAGUGCUGGCUUUUCUGAAGACUUAUGUAGAAAUACUUUCAAAAAGCCCCUUUCUGGUUGUGAGGAAAAUAGUACGGAGGCCUUAUUUUCAAAAACAAAAACAAAAAUCUGGAAUAUAAGGCACAUUUCCACCAAAAAAAAAAAAAAAAAAAGAAAAAAAAAGAAAAAAAAAAAAGAAAAGGAAAAAAAAGAAAAAAAAAAAAAACAAGAGGGCAUAGAUGCAAUCAUUGGGAAAUUUUCAUGCACGCUUAAUAUGUUAUUACAUAUGUUUAUAUAAAAACACAUCUAUAUGUGCUUUCUGGACUGUGAUAAGUGAUGUUUUAUAGCCUGUUGUAUAGAAAAUGCCAAUUAUAUCUGCUCUUCAGCCAUUUUUGGUAAACUCAAUGUUAUAAGUGUUGCUAGGUAUAGAGAGUUUUAUGACAUCUGGAGCAACAGACAUUCUUCAGUUUUUUUGCAGCCAUUAUAAAUUGUCCCAGACUUUUUCCCCUUUCUUUCUUUCUUUUUUUUUUUUUUCUUUUUUUUUCCUUUUUUUUUUCUUUUUUUUUUUUUUUCUUUUUUUUUUUUUUUUUUUAAUUUACAGUGUAGUGGUUAUACAAAGGGGGAUGUGUAUGAAUGUAUAUAAGAGUCAGCUAAUUUUUUUCUUACCUGUACAGCUCUAUUAUGUUGCAAUUAAGUUUCAGUAGUUUGUAUGAAAGAAGUGGACUAGAAAGCAAAAAUAUGUAUCUACUGUAAUUUGUCUUCUCCCUCCUAUCCCCAUCUCUUGCUCCUCGUAUGCAUCAAUGAAGUUGAUCAGAAUGGCCAAUUUUCCUAGGAAUACACGCUCACUAGUUAGCUAAAUAUUUAGUGACUUAAACUGGCCUUUGGCUUCCAGUCAAAGCUUCACUAUUGGAGAGCAUGGUUUGCCUUACAGAAACCUUGUUCUUAGAAAUUACGAGAAUGAUGAGUUUCUUGAGAAUCUUAGGAAGUAUCAUAUAGUGUUUAUCUGGCAUUCAUAUGAAGAACAGCUACUACAGCACUGGGUGCUAAAAGAUCUAAAGAUACCCACUGUUAUUAUCCAGGCUGAUUCUAUUGCAGACUUUAUCCCUUUCUCCAAAACGGAAAUACUCUUGAGGUGCACGAUAGUAUUUUUCAAUGGUGGGCAUUUUGACAUAUGAAAAAGUAUUUUUAGCUAAGUUGAUUGUGUAGUAUUGCAAGACAUCAUAACCAGACAGAUAUAAGUUAAUUAUGUUUUAAAGUGACACAGCUUAUCUUGCAUAUAUAAAACAUUAAUGCAUUUUUAGUUAAACAGAUGAAUUGUAAUGGUGUAAUUUACGUGUUAAGUUUGGGAUUUUUUUCUAGUAAUAUUUCAUUAGUUUCACAGCAAUAAAUCAUAACAUAGCAUUUUAUUUACACAGAAGUUCAAAGGUAAUUCAUUGGACAGAAAGAGGGUAGUUCAAUAGAAAUCAACCAAAUCAUCAGAAGGCCUCCUGGGAGGGAUAUAGAUAUUCACACUUUACAGACAGAAAGGAGAAAUUUAAAAUUAGCUUUAAACAGCAGACUCAAAACAUUUUAUUGUGUGUUACUCACUGUAGCUGAUGAAAAAAAGUUGGGAACUGGUACAGCUAUCUAUCUGGGAGCCAGAGCACUUUAAACAUACAUGUAGCUGACAUGAAAACACCUCUCUUGAAGUUUGCCAACCACAUCAAGGUGUGCCAUGUUGCAUUUGUGAAAUGACUUUUUAUUUUCAUUAACAUUUACACCAAAAUGAAAAAAAAAAAAAAAAAAACCCACACAAAAUCCAUCUGAUGUUCAUUUCUGUUGUUCACCUGUGGCACUCAUAAUUUCUCCCACCUUUACAAGACAGCUGUACUCAGGGAAUGGCAGGGGCAAGGGUGACUGGAGGUCAUUGCUGGAAGUAAGCGACUUCAGCUGGAGGGGGGAAAGAAGUUGAAAGCCAGGUGGUGUUCAGAUUUCAGUGCUUGAAGAUACCUAGAAGAAUAAGAAUAAUCUGUUGACAGGAGACUGGACAUGAGAGAAUAUGAUUUGGGCAAGAUUAAAUUGUCUUUUCUGCUUGGUAUUGAUUGAAUUAAUGAAAUAACAUUGUCAGGUCAACUUCCAGGCAGUUUGGUAGACGAAUCUUUAACUAAAUCCAUACAUCAAGAGGAAAAAAAAAAAAAAAAUCUGCUACUAUUAAAAUAAGAAAACAUGAUUUUAACACUGUUUCUGAAGGUUCUCCUUUUUCCUCUUUAAUUUCAUAAUUUAACAACAACAAAAAAUACUUAUGGAUGUAUCAGAAAUGCCAGCAAGUGGAUUUAAAAUUCCUUUUUGUUUAAAAGCAGCAGCAACAAACAAACAGACAUAAACCAACUACCUAACAUAAAAUCGGAUCCUUUCUCUAUAAUAACCUAAUUUGUUUGACUGAGAUGGCUUCAUUUCUAUGACUGUAUUGUGUUGCCUUUUUUAACAAUACACUAAAUAACGUGUGAAACUUUCAACCCUAAGACAUCAAAGAGAGGCCCAAUGCCCCUAACCUUAUAGUGCUUUCUGUGAUAGAUAUUUACAAUUUUUUUAUUUGUUGCAAGGCCAAUUUAUUCAUUAUUGGAAAUGCUAAGCGAGUGGAAUUUACUGUUUUGUUAAUAAAAAUGUUUCUUAAUACAAA